AAAAUGUUGUUUGAGAUGUGAAAACAAUAGACUAACUUAAUUUGUGGAUGCUGUUUCUUCGAAGCUUCGAACAAGAGUGCAGGUAAGAAGAGAAUAGAGAGAGCGCCGCUAAUGAGGAAAAAGCACUAUUGCUGCAUAGUUAGUUGAAUACAUGUUUAGUAUUAGAACAAAAAUAGAAAGAGUAUGAGCACACAAACACGAAUAACAAGAACAAAAUGUUUUAGUUCAUCCAUCAUCUUCAUAAAAAUCUAAUACACUGAAUUUUGAACUCAAUUCUUGACACUCACAUGUAAUAAUUUCCAUCAAGAAGCCUCUCUUCAAUGGCUGUGGUGGCGCCGCUAUUCUCCGGCCGCCACCGCUCUCCGAUCAUGUAUAAACCAACUCCAACUCCAACUCCCACUCCCACUCCCACUCCCAUAUCAAUUUUCAAAAAUUCCCUUCUUUCAACUUCAACUCCAAAGUCUUCGUACUUCUUUGUCUCUCCUCGAACUCAAACCCAUCAAUCUCGAUCCAUCAACCCGGUUUCUCAGCUCUCACUUCUCGAAGAGAUUUCCAAGCUUUGUGAAGCGGGCGAUCUCAAUGGAGCUCUCGAUUUUCUUCAGAGAGCCUGGAAGAACAAUGCUGGCUAUGAUUUGGCUCAGAGAAAAGAGGCCAUGGGUAAGUUAUUGCAGAAAUGUGGGCAGUAUAAAAACGUCGAAAUUGGCCGGAAACUUGAUGAAAUGUUGUGCGUUUCCUCUCAGUUCAGCAGCGACUUUGUCCUCAAUACCCGUCUCAUCACUAUGUACUCCAUUUGUGGAUAUCCUUUGGAAUCUCGAUUGGUCUUUGAUCGUUUGCAGAAUAAGAAUUUGUUUCAAUGGAAUGCACUUGUUAGUGGGUACGUUAGAAAUCAACUGUACGACGAGGCAAUUCACACUUUCAUUGAGUUGAUAUCGGUAACUGAAUUUCAACCUGAUAAUUUUACAUUUCCUUGCUUGAUUAAGGCUUGUACUGGGAAAUGUGAUGUUCAUUUGGGAAAAUCGGUUCAUGGGAUGGUGGUGAAAAUGGGAUUGAUCAUGGAUUUGUUUGUGGGUAAUGCGAUGAUUUCACUUUACGGGAAACGUGGGUUUUUAGACGAAGCCGUCGAGGUGUUUGAUAAAAUGCCUGAACAAAACUUGAUCUCUUGGAAUUCGUUGAUUUGUGGGUUUUCUGAGAAUGGAUUUUGGCUGGAAGCUUAUAGGGCGUUUAGAAGUCUUCUGGAGAGUGGCGAUGGAUUGACUCCGGAUGUUGCUACAAUGGUAACUCUGUUGCCUGUGUGUUCAGGAGAAGGAAAUGUAGAUAUGGGAAUGAUGAUUCAUGGGAUGGCAGUGAAACUGGGGCUUGUUCAUGAACUAAUGGUGUGUAAUGCUUUGAUUGACAUGUACUCAAAAUGUGGUUGCUUAUCAGAAGCAGCGAUUUUAUUUUGUAAGAUUGAGAACAAAAAUGUAGUUUCUUGGAAUUCCAUGAUUGGUGCAUAUUCUAGGGAAGGAUUCGUAUUUGAAACAUUCGAUCUGUUGAGAAAGAUGUGGAAAGAAGAAAAAAUGACGGAAGUAAAUGAGGUCACCAUUUUGAAUUCGUUACCUGCUUGUUUGGAAGAAACUGAACUGUUGAGUUUGAAGGCACUUCAUGGAUAUUCACUUAGAUUUUCGUUUCAAUACGAAGAAUUGAUAAAUAAUGGGUUUAUAGCAGCCUAUGCAAAGUGUGGAUCGUUGGUUUCUGCUGAACACGUCUUCUUUGGAAUGAAUACGAAGUCAGUGAGCUCUUGGAAUGCAAUCAUUGGUGAAUAUGCUCAAAAUGGUGAUCCGAGAAAAGCUUUAGACUUUUAUUUUGAGAUGACACGUUUGGGCAUCCUUCCUGACGACUUUAGCAUUGUUAGCCUACUAUUGGCUUGUGGCCGUUUGGGACAUCUACAAUAUGGCAAAGAGAUACAUGGAUUUGUGCUAAGGAAUGGGUUAGAGAUGAAUUCAUUUGUUGCUGUCUCCUUGCUAUCACUUUAUUUCCAUUGUUCUAAACCUUUCUACGGCAGAACUUGCUUUGAAAGGAUGGAAAACAAAAACUCAGUGUGUUGGAAUGCGAUGCUUUCUGGUCUUUCUCAAAAUGAACUUCCAAACGAAACACUCUCUUCGUUUCGUCAAAUGCUUUCUGAAGGACUUGAACCUGAUGAGAUUACCAUAGUGAGUGUUCUUGGGGCUUGCUCACAGCUAUCAGCUCUUGGUCUUGGAAAAGAGGUUCAUUGCUUUGUCUUAAAAAACAGUCUAAUGGAAGACAAUUUUGUUGCUUGUUCGCUCAUGGACAUGUAUGCCAAAAGCGGCUUUUUGGGACAUUCUCAACAAAUAUUUAACGGGUUAAAUGACAAAGAAGUGGCUUCAUGGAACGUCAUGAUUACAGGAUUUGGUGUUCAUGGACAAGGUAACAAGGCCGUGGAGCUAUUUGAGGAUAUGCAAAGAUCAAAUAAGCAACCUGAUCGGUUCACUUUUCUAGGAGUUCUUCAGGCAUGUUGUCAUGCUGGAUUGGUGUCAGAGGGGAUGUAUUAUUUAGCUCAAAUGCAAACUUUGUACAAACUAGAGCCAGAACUCAAGCACUAUGCCUGUGUGAUUGACAUGCUCGGUAGAGCAGGCCGACUAAACGAGGCAUUAAACUUCAUAAACGAGAUGCCUGAAGAACCAGAUGCUAAAAUCUGGAGUUCAUUGCUCAGUUCUAGUAUAACUCAUGUUGAUCUAGAAAUGGGAGAGAAAUUUGGUGAAAAAUUGUUAGCACUAGAAGCAAACAAAGCUGAUAGCUAUAUUUUACUCUCUAACUUGUAUGCAACAGCAGGAAAAUGGGAUGUUGUGCGAAUGGUGAGACAGAAAAUGAAGGAUCUCAGUCUUCAGAAAGAUGCUGGCUGCAGUUGGAUUGAACUUCAAGGUAAAGUCUAUAGCUUUAUAGCUGGCGAAAACUCGAAUUCAAGUUCAGACGAGAUACGAAAGAUGUGGAAUAGACUGGAGAAACAGAUAGUGGAAAUUGGCUACACACCUGAUUGUAGUUGUGUUCUUCAUGAAUUGGAAGAGGUGGAAAAGAUAAAGAUAUUGAAGGGGCAUAGUGAGAAGCUUGCAAUUUCUUUUGGCUUCUUAAACACUAAAGAAGGCACCACAUUAAGAAUCUCCAAGAAUCUAAGAAUUUGUAGAGACUGUCACAAUGCAGCAAAGUAUAUAAGUAAAGCUGCUAAGAGAGAAAUUGUUAUUAGAGACAACAAGCGUUUUCAUCACUUCAAAAAUGGGAUUUGUUCAUGUGGAAAUUAUUGGUAGAAAGAAUUUCAUUACUAGCAACUAAAAAGAAUUUCAAGAUCAAAUUUUUAUCAAUGGGUUCCUCGGUAACUUAAAACGAAACUUCUACCCAUCAAACAAUGCAAAAAGAGAAAUUUUAGAUAGAAAAAUAUAUUUAUAUAUUUAGAUUCACCCAAUUAUUUGCAUUUCUUCCAUUUUUCUUUCUUUAAUUCCAUUUAACUUAAACCAAUAUUUUUUCUUCAAAAAUUUAAUCAAUCAACAAGAUGUACAUAAAUAUUGGACAACAAUUCCUUACAAACCUAUAGAUAACAAUAAUCAAACGAUAAUAUAAAAAAUUACUAAGACAAAAAAAUAAAAAUUUACUCUUAACAAAAAAAAAGUGAAUUAUAUUUGUUUGAAAAAUGAGGGAUAUAUUUUACUAAGUCUGUCAGCAAAUUUAGGCUAAAUUUUUUUUGUAGUUAUUCAUUUCUUUACAAUUCGAAGUUCCGUCGUCUCUAUGCUGAUACCAUUCGCCGUUCGGAAAAUCGGGAAGAUAGAACAGUGAUUUGUAGAGCGGCAUGCCGUCCUCUGCAUCAGCUCCGGCGUCUCCUACGUCGGCGUCUCAUUCACAGAAUUCUGCUACCCAACCUUCCCCUCGGAAAAACUUGGCUGAGGCUGCAAACAGUAAUGACGCCGAGGAGAAGAAACCCGAUUUGACAGAUCAAUUUGAAGAUUUUUAUAAUUUCAAUUCCAUUGAGAAGUACCAGAAAUAUGAAGCUGACUACGCUCAACGCCUAAUGGCCAAAUACUUCUCAAAGAAAAACCUCUAUGGAGGAAACAUCUUUGAAGAGAACACAACUGUCGACAAUGAGAUUAUAAAGUCGAGCAAGUGGCCUUGUACAAGGUCUUUCGCUGAUCCUUUGCAGGGUUUCGAAGAUCAUAGAAGCAGCUGUUCAACAUCCGCCAUGGAAAGCCACAGCGCCAUCUCAAAUGGGAAGCAUGCUGUGAAGAAAAAUGGAUGAUAUAAGAAUGAAGAAAAAUGGGGGUGGGACUUUGUGUAGCUUAGUGCAGGACUUCGGAUUUCGGGUAAAUUGCAAAAACCAUACCCCCUUUAACAUUUAACUGUAAAAAUCGAGACCUCAAACUUAUAUAAGUAUUAAAAUUAAACUCUCAAACUUAAAUAAUUAUUAUAAUUUCUACAAUUA